AUGGAGCUACAAUGUUUGAAUGAAAUAACCAUAUCUCGAUGGUUCAAACCAGAAGAAUCAUCCACGGUAGAACUACAGAUGGACAGAUUCAAGCACAAUGGAGAUACGUACCCGGAACAUCAAACCCAGCUGACUGCGCAUCCAGAGGAUUUAACACCCAACAACUCAAGGAUCACACUCUAUGGUGGACAGGCCCAACAUGGACACCAACUCCAGACUCUUGGCCAGUGCAACCUAUUGACAGAGAUGACCAAUGCGAUCAAGAAGCUCGCCCAAAUGUUCGUCGCGUGCCUAAAGGGAAAACGCCCCUUAGCAAACCAACUGACACAUACGGAAAUAGAUCUGGCAAGGACACAGUGGAUAAGAUUGACAAAAAACAUAUUCCUUUGUCAGGAAUUACGAGCGAUGCAAACCACAGGAUUACCCUCAUCUCACGCCUUCUUCCGACUCACGGCCUACAUUGAUGCACACGGAAUCAUAAGAUCUCAUAAUGGACAUAUAUAUUUACAAGGAACAAAACAAUGGCUUAUAGUUCCUAUUCCCAAUGCAUACACGAGCUCUAAUUGGCCAAUACGAUUUACUGCUAUCGACGAAGAAGGAGAAAGUAUUGCUGUAGCUGGUAAAACUGGUUUGGCGCAUUAUUCAAUGUUAUCACGAAAGUGGAAACUAUUUGGCAAUGAAUAUCAAGAACGAGAUUUUGUUGUAACAGGUGGACUUUUAUGGUAUCAUGGGUACUUGAUAACUAGUAGUUACUCUAUACCAGAAAAUGAAGACGAAUUAAGAUUAUAUCCAAGAAAUGUCAGAUUAGAUAACAAUUACGUAAAAUCUAUUAAAAUGACUUCACAAAUUCUACUAUUAAACAUUUUUAAAAAUCUUCUUUUAGUGUUUUGUGCUAAUUCUCAAAUCAGAAUAUAUAACAUGAUCUUAAGUGAAGAAACUGAAUAUAAUUGGAUUGAAUUAGUAAUGAUACAAACUAUAGAUAUAAGUAAUCUUUGUGCUCAUCCUGCAUGUGUUGUUAACGCGAGUCUUACAUUAAUACGAACUGAAAUUUCAAAAACGAACACAUACCCAGAAACACUUCUUCUCAAUAUUUCUGGAAAACUUCUUAUGAUACAACGAGACCAUUGGUUGGAAAGUACAGAUAUAUUAUUUACCUGUGCAUCACCAACUAUUUUGGCAUCUAGUGUAGAAAAUUUAUGGGUUUCUACAGAAUCUAUAAAAAAUAAACCACAUUUAAUGGAAACAGUUUGGCUGUUUUGCGGAACUUAUGGAAUGAGAGUUUGGUUGCCAUUAUUUCCAAAAACUCAUCAAGAUAAAAUUCACACUUUCAUGAGCAAAAGAAUUAUGUUACCUUUUCAAUUAAAAAUUUAUCCUUUAACCAUUUUAUUUGAUGAUGCAAUUUUACUUGGUGCAGAAAAUGAUACAGUUCUUUAUACAUCUGAUACUAGUUCACCAAUUCUGUUACCUUUUAGUAUAUUGGAAUUAACGUCUCAAGUAUAUCUACAUCAAAUAAUUAGACAAUUAAUUCAUCGAAAUUUAGGAUAUCAUGCAUGGGAAAUUGCUAGAUCAUGUUCAUCUCUUCCAUAUUUUUCUCAUUCACUAGAACUACUUUUACAUGAAGUAUUAGAAGAAGAAGCAACGAGCAAAGAGCCAAUUCCAGAUGCUUUACUUCCAUCAGUUAUAGAAUUUAUUAAAGAAUUUCCUGGUUAUUGGGCACAAGCUGUUGUUCAAUGCGCUAGAAAAACAGAAAUUGCUUUAUGGCCUUACCUUUUUUCGGUAGUGGGACCACCGAAAAAAUUAUUACAAACCAGUCUAAAUAAUCAAGAACUAGAUACGGCAGCCAGUUAUCUUUUAAUUUUACAAAAUCUAGAAGCUUCUUCGAUAAGUAAACAAUAUGCAACAUUACUACUUGAUGCUGCACUUGAACAAGGGCGGUGGGAUUUAUCAAAAGAUCUUGUUCGUUUUCUUAGAGCUAUUGAUCCUAAUGAUGUUGAUUCACUAAAAACUUCUACAACAGUAAUAUCUAAGAAAUCUCAGAAUUCAACGUUUUCUUCUCAAGAAGAUGAUUUAACAUUAGUACUAGGUACUAUGCAAGUGUCAAGAAAUAGAAGUUAUAGUACAACCGCUACUCCGAAAUUAAAUUCAGAUUCAUUUAAUAAAGAUACAUUAAUAUCAUCUUUAGUGGUUGAUAAAAAUAAAAAUAUAUAUUUCAAUCGUAAAAAAUCUGUACCGAUGAUAUGUAAAAAUGACAAAAGUGGAAAUAGUAAUUCAUCAGCAGAAGAUUUUUUUAUAGAUGUGAUUUUACAACGUCAUGCGCGAAAAUUACUAACAUCCCAACGAUUGCUUGAUUUAGGAUGUUUUGCUGCACAGUUGGAUUUUGAAUUGGUAAUUUGGAUGAUAAGAGAAAGAGAAAGAGCAGGAAAAGUAGAUAAUUAUAUUACAGCACUUAAAGCAGUACAUGACCAAUUUGGUUACCCAUACCCAUUACUUACAUUACAUGAUUUUAUCAAAUUAAAAACUUCAGCAAAAAAUAUACAGCAACAAGUUGAUUUAAUAAUUCAUGAUGAUUUUCAAAAAAAUAUAAAUGAUGAAGUGUGUGAUAUAGAACAUAUCGAUAGUAAAUACCAAAGUUUUCCAAUUGAUAAAGAUAUUUAUACUUACUCUACUUCAAAUAUGAAUAAUAUAAAUAUACCCUAUUCACAAUCAUUAAUUUUUGAAAACAAUAAAACUCGUAGUGCAAAUGAUUCUAGUAGUAUUAUAUGUGAUUUUAAUACAUUAAUAUGGGAAGAUGAUACUUUGACAACUAUGGAAAAUCAUAUUGCUAGAACUUGUGCUUCAUCUAACUCUAUUCAAACAACUGAUGUCUCUUCAUAUUUUUUUAAUGAAUAUGGUUCGCGUGCCGAAGUGCAAUUACGAUAUCUAUUACAAGUAUUCUUAGAGGCAGGUUGUUUAGGAUGGGCAGUAAUAAUAGCUAUUGUCUUAAGAGAUAUAGCUGCUGUAAAUAGAGCAAUUCGAGCUGCAUCUGUUUCGACGCAAACUACUGAAUCAAUAAUAAAUUUAAAAGAAGGACUUACACAAUUAAUUAAUUGGUCUUAUUCAGAAUGGAUAUAAUCAACUCCUAUCAACUAUACAACCGCUAAUAAUAUCACUGGAACAAUUAAUAA